GUGGAACGACGUUCGAAUCACAGUUUGAAACAAUUGAAAUAGCGGUUACAAAAUCGUGCAAUAUAAUCUAAAAGCAAGAAUGAGUGCAAGGUGCAAGAAUGACGGUUACAAUGAUCGAGCAAGACUGUAGCGGCGUAACGUGUAAAUAGCGCCGUAAGACUGGAUUGCAACGAUGUUUCAUCACCGGGUUAGCUUGCAGUAACUAAUUAUAAGAAGUCAGCGAUAUUUUCGCGUUUCAGCGAUUUUAUAUACUCAUGCAUUAUCGUUAAUGCAGUUGAUGCAAAGCCGCGUUCGGGCUUCUGAGGUUAUGUGAAUGGAGUUUACGUUUCUUGUUUUGAAGUUCGAACCACAGGCAGCUACUUGAAUCUAAAGUAAUGUCACGGAAUGCAAGAGAGAAACUUGGUCCCCAAAAUAACAGCGACUCUAGAAGAUAUGAGAUGAGGAUUGAUGUUCAGACCUAAGGUAAUGUGCAAGGGUCUCCGAGUUCUGAAACUCGCUCACAGUUCAGAAAGUGGCCUAGAAACAGGAUUGUUUCAAAGCUACAGAUAUGAUCGUAGCGCUGGGCAAAGUAUAGAAAGGAUGGUGUCGAACAUCGUCACCCUGACUCCGAUACGGCGGCGCUGUCUCUUCCUUCUCAUUGUGAUAUUGGUGCCCUGCUGUAUACUGAAUCUCAUAUCUUCACCUGAAAUGCACGAAGAAACUUCCCUGCAGAACAACAUAGCGGAGUUGCACGCAAAGCUCCAGCACCUCAACGCCAAGUACAUGAACAGUCAGGAGGAGAUUAAUUUGUUAUCGCACCAGCUCUCUCAACUUUUGGACAGCAGCCAUACGCUUCCCGACAUCCAGUUUUUGAUCAACAACGGCAGUUCCAACAACACAAGCAUCAAACUACCUUCAAUUUACAAUUUUUUGCCUCAUUUAUUAGACGAUGCUAACAGCCUUCGCCCAGCCUUCUUUCAAGGUAAAGGUCGCACAGGAGCUAGUGUCGUUCUCGGUGUUCCAACCGUCAAAAGAGAAGUUCAAAGCUAUCUGCUCGCUACACUGAAGAACUUGAUUGACUCGAUGAGUAAUUCAGAGGCAGCUGAAACAAUUAUCGUUGUAUUCGUAGCUGAGACCGACUUGGAAUACGUUGCCUACGUUGCCAAGCAAAUAGAAGUUCAGUUUCCCGAAGAGUGUGAAGUUGGACUAAUAGAAGUCAUAUCUCCAUCUACACACUACUAUCCUGAUUUGAGUAAACUUCGUGACACGUUAGGUGACAAUCACCAGCGAGUCGUAUGGAGGACCAAACAAAAUCUAGACUUUGCAUUUCUCAUGUCGUAUGCUCGUACUAAAGGGACAUUUUACGUCCAACUAGAAGAUGAUAUACUGGCAAAAAAGAGUUUUAUAACAACCAUGAAAUCUUAUGCUUUGCGCAAAAUUAGUUCGAGGGAGGAAUGGUUUGUACUUGACUUUUGCCAGCUGGGUUUCAUAGGAAAAAUGUUCAAAUGCGUGGAUUUACCUUGGCUUGUACAAUUUAUCCUGAUGUUUCACAAUGACAAGCCUGUAGAUUGGUUGCUAGAUCACCUAGUGUCCACAAAGGUUUGCAAUUUGGACAAAGACAGUAAACAUUGUAAGAUGGCUAAAGCUGAAUUAUGGUUGCAUUACAAACCAUCGCUCUUUCAACACAUUGGCACUCAUUCUUCGUUGAAAGGAAAAGUACAAAAACUAAAGGACAAUCAGUUUGGCAAAGUAACACUGUUUUAUGGGCACAUAAAUCCUGACGCGACAGUGGAAACGCAAAUAAAGCCCUAUAAACAAUACACCUUGCAAAAAGCAUACAAAGGCGAAUCAUUCUUCUGGGGGCUUUUGCCUCAGCCGGGAGACCAUUUGCGUUUCAAGUUCAUUGAUCCAAUUUUUAUAAAGAAAUACCUGUUUCGUAGUGGGAAUGCGGAGCACCCAUUGGAUCGAUUUUAUAACACUACUGUUGAAGUUUUGCCUGCAGAUUUUGUAUCGAUCAAUAGAAAUACGAACAACGUUACAGAGGAUGGUUACAUCAUUAUAGGUAAAUUCGAUGCGCUCGGAGUAGCCGAAGGCACAGUGGACAGCAGUCUAGGCAAGAUAGCGGUACUACGUCUAACUGUUCAUAGUGAGAGUGACAACUGGGCUAUUCUUUCUGAGAUACACAUUGUCGAGGAGCAGCCGAGCUGACACGCAGAAGGAGAAUCUCGCCGAUUUUUUCGUUACUGAACUCACUUAUUACACAUAAACACAUAUACAAAUAAUUUAUUUACAUGCCGGAUAUAUGUAUACCUAUAAUAGUAUUUUGUAUGUAUUUCGCACCAAUGUACAGUAUUUUUAUUCCGAAGAUGCAAAAAGUGAUUGAAAACAUGUAUACAUAUAACAGAUCUAUAUGUAUAUA